UGACAACUGUUUGAUCUACAUCCUUCUACGACCGCGCAUUAAUUGUUUUUACAAAUAUGAUCAAGUUUACAUUUCUGGCAGUUUGCUUCGCUGCCAUUUGUUCAGCAGAUCCCGAUGACUGGGAUUGGAAUGGAAAGUACAAGUUCGAGUACGGCGUCAACGAUCCGCACACCGGAGAUCACAAAAGCCAGUGGGAAGCCAGCGAUGGCCAUGGAGUAAAAGGCGGUUAUACUCUGGAUGAACCCGAUGGCACCAAGCGUUACGUGCAGUACAAGGCAGACAAAUGGCACGGGUUUCAUGCUAUUGUUAAACGUGUAGGACAUGCAACUCACCCGAAGACCUAUGGCGCUCCAUUUGUCGUAAAAGCUGAGAAGGCCACUCAUAAGCAGAGCCACAAUGGGCACGGAUAUGACGAGCAUGAAAGUGUUGGAUUUUCUGGUAGUGGGUACGAGGCUUCCAAGCAGUCGAAUGGAUAUCAAAACUACAGAUGGGCCGAUCAACAAGCUAGCCCAAGCAGCUACAAGAAUGGUAAUGGGUGGAAUACUGGGAACGGAGAAGAUUAUGCCACAAGCUAUGUUGAACAGAAAAGCUACUAUUGAAAUGGAAAUCUACCUCAAACAAUUAAAAGUGAUAUGUUUGGCAAGUUGUCGAAAAAUACAAUAAAACAGUGAUUCUAUAUUGCUCGUUUUACUUCAUGGCUAGUACGCAGGUUAUAAGUACUAAGGGAAGAGUUAGUGCAAGAAACGCACAAGUAAUGAUUUAAAAAUUUCGUGAAGGGUUCGUAGCUAAAACGGAAUAAUCGACAAUCAAUUUGGGAUGGAGAUUAUUGUUCUUCUGUUCCUGUUCUAAUUGUUCGAAAUGAAAAAAUGUAAAAUCUCAAUCUAAAAAAAGAAAUUCCCUAUCCAAGUAACACAGAAAACAUCACAGAAUAAAAUUUUUAAAAUAUGUUAUAGUAUAGUUUUAUUGACGUAACUGUAAACAUCUUCAGUUGAAACUAUGUUUUAACUAAGUAUGACGAUAACAAACUAC